GAAGUUCCUUUUUGUUUCUUCUGUUUUAGUUCUCUUGUGGGUUUAUCUAUUUGGGGUGGUGGUUAAAGGAGGAAACUUUGGGAUUGGAUAAUAUUCAGUGAAAUCAGAAAGCUUUCGAGAGAGGUUUUUCAAUUUCAAAACGUGGGGGUGGGGGGUUAGGGUUAGGGUUUACAAGUUAUGCGAACAGGUGGUUAUACGAUUCAACAGACACUCACUACAGAGGCUGCUUCUGUUUUGAAGCACUCUCUUACUUUAGCUAGGAGAAGAGGCCAUGCUCAGGUCACUCCUCUCCAUGUUGCAGCUACAUUAUUGUCAUCAAGGACCAGUCUUUUGAGAAGGGCGUGCAUUAAAUCUCACCCUGGUUUUUCAACUAAUUACCAGUUUGCCCCUUCUCGUCUUCAUCAUCAUCACCAUAACCAAAACCAUCCUCUUCAGUGCAGAGCUCUCGAGCUUUGUUUCAAUGUCGCACUCAACAGGCUUCCUACUGUUCCUGGUCCUAUGUUCCAUGGUCAGCCUUCUCUCGCAAACGCUCUCGUCGCUGCACUUAAACGAGCUCAAGCUCACCAGAGGCGAGGCUGUAUCGAGCAACAACAACAACAGCAAACGCAAACGCAGCCUCAAACGCAGCAAACGCAGUUAUUGGCGGUCAAAGUUGAGCUUGAACAGUUGGUUAUAUCCAUUCUUGAUGAUCCGAGUGUGAGCCGGGUUAUGAGAGAAGCUGGAUUUAACAGCACCGCCGUGAAAAGCUGUGUCGAAGAUUGCUCCGUUUCCUCCGUCUUCUACGGCGGAUCCGCCGUCGGAGUCUUCUCUUCUCCAAACUCUCCCGAUCAACAACAACAACACCACAACAACAUCAGCCGAUUUCACCACUACCAAAACCCUAAAGAUUUCAACUUUAUAAACCCUAACUUCCCUUUAUGGCAAACCCAUUUCUUGAACCAAUCUCCAGACCAAAACCCACUUCUAAUUUCCUCCUCCUCUCAUCAUCAUCAACAACAACGCCUGAGAGAAAUCGAUUUGAAACUCGUCGUUGAUGUUCUUUUGAGGAAGAAAACGAAGAAGAAGAACCCAGUGAUCGUCGGAGACUCAGUUUCGUUCACUGAAGGUUUCGUUUCAGAGCUAAUGGCAAAGCUAGAGAGAGGAGAAAUAGAUCAAACCGGUGAUUUAAAGCAAACCCAUUUCGUCAAGUUUCAUUUUUCACCAAUGGCGUCCAAGUUUAUGAGGAGAGAAGACGUGGAGACAAACAUAAAGGAGUUAAGGAAGAAAGUUGUCUCUCUCACGACGAGUGGCAAAAAUGUAAUCAUCUUCACUGGUGACUUAAAGUGGACAGUCAAAGAGAUAACAAACAACAACAAUGGUGGAAUCAAUGAGAUUUCUUCAUCUUACAGUCCUUUAGAUCAUCUAGUUGAAGAGAUUGGGAAAUUAAUCACUGAGUAUAACGACGAUGGUGAUGAUGAUUGUAAAAUCAGAAAGGUUUGGGUAAUGGGAACAGCUUCGUUUCAGACAUACAUCAGAUGUCAAAUGAGACAACCUUCGUUAGAAACACUGUGGGCACUUCAUCCUGUCUCUGUCCCUUCGUCUGCUAAUCUUGGCUUAAGCCUUCAUGCGACAAGUGGGCAUGAGGCAAGGAACAUGAACAGUUCUUCACAGAAGGAUGAGUUAAUGGGAUUGAGAAGAAAAUGGAACAAGUUUUGUGAAAAUCUUCACCAGGAGAGGACUAAUAAUCAAACAGGACAAUUAGGUUUCAUGGGCACAAACUACUCAUAUGGCUUGCCUUAUGGAUCAUCAAACGAGUCAUCGAGAUCAGUACCUUCGAUUGAUUCCUUGGGUUUAAAGCAAAAUCAGCGAGUCACUAACUCGAUUGCCAAAUUCAGACGUCAGAAUUCUUGCACCAUUGAGUUUGAUUUGGGUGGAAACGAAUAUGAGAAGGGUGAGUCGAUCAAUGAAGCUGAAGGUGAUAAGGGAAAUGAGACUAUCACUCUCGAUUUGGGGCGUUCUCUGUUUCGAUCAGAUUCCGUAAUAGAGACGAAACAGAAGAUCAGUGAUUUGGUCAAAGAUUUGGAGGAGAGUCUUCCAUGGCAAACUGUGACAAUGCGUCUAAUUGCUGAGAGUUUAAUGGAUUGCUUGUCAAAGAAGAAAGACGGUUGGAUUAUGAUCGAGGGCAGGGACACAGCGGCGAAGAGGAGAGUAGCUCGUACUGUAUCUGAAUCUGUUUUCGGAUCUAUCGAGUCUCUGGUUUAUAUUGACCUUAAGAAGAAAGGCAACGAGUCAAAGACCAGCCCGGAAACGCUACUUGCUUGUGAAUUGAAGAACCCUGAGAAGGUUGUCUUCUUGAUUGAAGACAUUGAUCUGGCGGAUUCCCGUUUCUUGAAACUCCUUGCUGAUCGGUUUGAGGAGAACCGGAGGAGUAAAACCGGCUUUGAUCAUCGCCAAGCGAUCUUUAUUUUGACAAAGGAGGAUUCAAGCAAUGCGAGAAGCAGAGACUCUGUUUUGCAAAUUGGUUUGGAGGUCACGGCACAUAGUCCGGGGAAAAAGAGAAAACCCGAGUCGGAUUUAUCGAUUAGGGAGGGGAAGAAUUCUAAGGCGGGAGAGAUCGAGAAUGGGUUUUGGAUCAAGAAGGAAGUGUGCUCUAGGCAAUCGAGUUUCAAUAGCUCUUAUCUCGACCUGAACAUAAAAGCUGAAGAAGAAGAAGGAGAGAUCAGUCCGAUUUCAAGCGAUUUAACUGGAGAGGAGGAGACAGAGUUCUCUUCCAGCAACUUUCUAAACCGAAUUCAAAACCGGUUUGUCCUAAACCGGUCAUGCGAACCAGGUAUAGAAAAAGCCAUGAUAACAGCAGCUUUCAGGGAGGUUUUUCCAGAGAAGGAAGAAGGAGGUGGAAUUAGGUUUAGCGUGGAGGAAAAGUUAGCGGAGGAGCUAUGCGGGGUUCAAAACGGUGCGUUUGAAAGUUGGUUAAAGGAGGUUUUUCAAACGGGGUUACUAACGGUUAAAAAGGGCGGGAAAAAGGAUACGGGUGUAAUUAGGAUGGUGUUUGGGGGUAUAGUUGACAACAAAGGAUAUGGUGGGGGUGUUGGUGGGUACAUGGGUACAUUUCUUCCGAACAAAGUCCAAGUUUCCAAGUUCGAGUAGAUCUUCCGGUUUAAUUUUCUUUUGUUUUUUUCGUUCUUUCUUUUCAAUAUGUAAAAUUUCCAUUACUAAUGUGGGGGUUUGACUGGUGUAACUCGUUUUAAUUUUGAAUGUAAUAUAAAUGCGUUUUAAAUUU